AUGCAUUCCACUGCAAGCCUCUGCUCGUCAAGGUACGGUCAUCGUUGGGGAUUUGCAAAUUGCAAUUUCAACUGUGACUUAACGUCCCUCGACAUCUUCGGAAACCAAAAAUUGGAUUUUCUGCAGAACAAUCGUGAACUGCACGGAGGGAAUGAAGGCAGAAGAGUGCUGUCCAACCUUUCUUGGCUGCCUCAUUGUCCUGUUCCUGAUGCGAUAGAUCUUGUGGCCCCUUCUACCCACGAUGAUCCCGAAAAGACUGCCCAACAUCGUGCUCGAGCUUCUCGGAUAGAUGCGAAUGGAAUGUUGCAUGGUAUCGCCGAUGCCACUGGAAAGAAUGCAUCCCUGGCUACGCUCAUGCCUGAUUUCAGAGCUCACCAAAAGGACAAGGCGCCAUCUGCUGUAUCUGGGAAAGCGAAGGUUUCUCUGGUUCAGACUAUUGCUCGCUUGGAAAGGGAGGUGCCACCGCCCACAGGACAUGUAUGUUUGGUAUUCACAGACAUACGGAAUUCAACCCAACUGUGGGACAAGAAUCCUGCCAUGUCGACAGCGAUACAUUUGCACAACAAUCUUCUCUUACAACAUCUUCUAUAUUGCGGUGGCUACAUGGUCAAGACAGAAGGCGACUCAUUUAUGUGCGCCUUUCCAACAACCCUUGCCGCGGUAUGGUGGUGUGUUACUGCCCAGAUUCAACUUCUUCACGUACCCUGGCCUCAAGAAAUACUAGAUUGUGAAGAAGGCAAAGAGGUCUACGAUGAACACGGAAACCUUCUUGCACGCGGCCUUUCCGUCCGUAUGGGCAUCCACUCUGGAACCCCAGCGUGCGAACUAGAUCCUAUCACUUGCCGCAUGGAUUAUCUUGGGUCUAUGGUCAACCGAUGCGCCCGUAUCAGUGCCAGUGCGUUGGGUGGACAAAUCAUGUGCAGCGCCGAUGUUGUUCGCGAAGUCAAUGCGAGUUUGUUCGAUUGCGGUCUAGCCUCGAAACCUCAGGCAGCUCGGGCUAUCGAGGAAAUCCGGCAACUGCAGACGGUUUUUCUCCCUGUCGGUGAAAUCAAAUUGAAGGGACUGGAAAUUCCGGAGAUGGCUUCCCUUGUCUACCCUGCAGCCCUCCUAGGACGUCAACGGUUAGUCGAGUCUGGGUUGAAUCCGAGCACGUUCCCGUCAUUAUCCAGCCCCGGAUCACCAGCAGAUUCUUAUACCAAUGGCACCGCUGCACAAGUUAUCUGUGACCAAAGUCUAUCCGAUGAUGCGUGUCUGGAGAGAUGA